UCUAUAUAGUGACUUUUGAGCUCCUUGUGGCAUACGUGGCGUUUUCUGGGGUUUACGUAUUGCAAGUCGCUUCUUUGAAUUUCCCUCAUCUCUUCUCUUGUCGUCUUCUUUCUGUGUUUUGUUCUUUCAGAGAUUGUCCUCGCUGCUGUCCUCUUCUUCUUCCUCAGUUUUGCAUCUGCGCUUUUACAGUUUCCGUUUUGGGACAAAAUUGGUGCUCAGCUAUGGAAUCGGUUAUUGAAGGUUUAUGGUUGCUUUCUGCCAGUAUGGCGCUCUUUCAAGACAUCGAGGAUGUAGGUGGGGGCAAUAUAUGUCAAAUUGGCUUAAUGCUAUUAAAAUGCAUGAUGAUUAUUAAAAGGAAAAAUGAGUUACAUGAAGAUAGCAUGUAUGACUUUUAUACACUUCAAGUUGCACAUGUGAUUUAUAGUUGUAAAUUUGGAAUGCCUUAUAUUGACUAUCAAUCUUUUUGUAGAUAUUUCGAUCAAGGUAUGGAUGUCAGAUGAAGUAUUUUCUAGUUUAAACAACUUUUUGUAACUUAAAUAGAGAAACUUAUAAUAUUAUACACCUGUUAAUUAGAAUUAUGAAGAAAAAAAUAUUUUGAAACCAAGUGGCAGCCCAGCCAAAUAAUGUUUUAAUUGAAGAAACAAAACUCAUAUACAAAUUUACACUGGCUUAGUUUUUUGCUUACUAGAUUGCGGAAAUUGUCGAUAUUCAUAAACAAAUCUAGAUACAUAAAGCGCACAUAAUUUAGCUCGGAUCUCCAUAUCCACUAUCUUAGCUAAAAAGAAAUCUUAUACUACUACUAGCAGUCUAGCUGCAAUGUCUAUCCCAGAACAGCUCCUUAUUUUCUUAUAUUGUGUAAUUAUUUUUGGGUAAGAAUUCAAAGGUUUGUAUGAGAGUAGAGGAGAGUUUGAUAUGAGCGAAAAUGUUUCCAACAAAUCAACGUCAAAAUUGACCAAAUCUAUGAAAGAAGCUUACAUAUACUAUAGGGGAACGGCGACUACAAAAAACUUCAAGGAAUUGUGAACGGAGGUUGGCUGCUGAUUCGACGGGCUCCAUCUUCUCAAAAUUUCGACGACCAACGGUGAUGUGAACACAUUGAGAUGAUAUGUUGUGUUUAUAUUUAUAGUAGAGUAAUUGCGAUAAGGGAACAGGUGAGAGUGAUGGAACACCUCCGAUAUGUGGUGGUUGUACUUGUAGGUGGUAGAGUGCUAAUGGAGAGAACAAAUUACUAAAUGGCCUUUUG